UUGGUGGCAGGAAGCAAGCUGCGCUGAGGCCGUUGCGGAACCAGCUGAUGACCUGCAGGAUGAAUCACAAGAGAAGAAGUGCAUCCCGAGGUAAGCAGAGUGCGCAGCCUGAGCGGAAGGACUCUCUGGACUGGACCCAGCGCAACUACUGCGAGAGCUUCCCACCGAACCUAGAGGCCGUGGUGGACAAUGUGGAAAGGACAGACGGUUUACAGCUGUCAGUGGAAGAAUUUGCAGAGCGAUAUGAAAGACCAUACAAGCCCUUGGUUCUGCUGAAUGCCCAAGAAGGCCAGUCUGUGCAGAAGUGGACUCUGGAGUGCCUUAAGAGGAAAUACCAGAACCAGAAGUUCAAGUGUGACAAGGAUAAGGACGGGUACUCGGUGAAGAUGAAGAUGGAAUACUACAUCCAGUACAUGGAGAGCGCUCACAAUGACAGCCCCCUUUACAUCUUUGACAGCAGCAAUGGGGAACACCCCAAAAGAAGGAAACUUUUAGAAGACUGCAAGGUGCCCAAGUUUUUCACCAGUGACCUUUUGCAGUAUGCAAGGGAGAAGCGCAGGGCCCCGGACAGGUGGUUUGUGAUGGAGCCACCAUGCUCUGGAACAGGAAUCCACAUCGACCCUCUGGGAACCAGUGCCUGGGACGCCUUAGUUCAGGGCCACAAGCGCUGGUGCCUAUUCGCUACCAGCAUGCCCAGAGAACUCAUCAAGAUGACCCAUGAAGAAGGAGGGAACCAGAAAGAUGAAGCUAUUACCUGGUUUAACAUCAUCUAUCCCCAGAUGCAGCUUCCAACCUGGCCACCCCAAUUCAAACCCCUGGAAACCUUACAAAAACCAGGAGAGACUGUUUUUGUACCAGGAGGCUGGUGA